UUCACCAGCAGUAUCUCUCCAUAGUGUUCUACAUCCUUGUGCCUUCAUGAACUAGUUCACUAUGUUUGUGGAAGAAACAUUCAAAUGAAUGUGCUCUUUCAGGAAUGGUGACACCAGAAUGUUAUAAAUCUGUUCAUUACCACAACAAGGAUAAAUGGUAUUUCUGCCAAAGACUUUUGAUAACGGUGCAGUAAUGCAAAUCAGCACUUUCUGAGAUUAAAGGUCUGCCCUGAGAGCAAAAGACUGAAUUGUCUUGUGAAAUAUAUGAUCAGAGUAACAUGGAAAGCAAUAAAAUUGGUAUGGAUAAAGAAAAACAUUGCUCCAGGUGAAAUGGAAAAACGAAUUGAAAACUGUGACUCAGCCGUCUGCAUUUUUCCUGGUUUAACAAAGCAGCACAGAAUGUACAGUGGCCGUGGAUAAACUCUUAAUGCCUUUCCAGAUUCCGCAUGCAAGCGAUAUCAUAUGAUAUUUGUCUUUCUCUGUCUGACUCACUUCACUUAGUAGGAUUAUGUGCUUUACAUCCUCCAAAGCUUCAUGGGGACCUUGCACAUAGUAGGUGCUGAGCAUCUGUUUCAUGAAAGAAGCAAAAGCCGUGAGAAUGCAGUGUUCUUUCUGACUGUGAAGCGCACCUCCAGAGAGUUCAUCUCAAUUCUCCAAAAGGAUUUAACAAUGGAACAUAAAAAUCUCAGGAUGCAGAGAGACUAAUAGAAUUUACACACAAAUUUCUACUGAAUGAAUUUCCCCACCUUCUUGGUGAUUGUACACCUGCAUUCCUUAUAAGGAGAACAAGGAAGUAAAUCAUGUUGAAGUUGCUCUUAAACACAGCUUUUCUUCUUUACCUGUCCAGGUAGCUUCUGUUUUCAUUUCAGUCUUAAUGAAAACUUUUUUAUUUACAUCUCGAGUUUCUUUUCAAAGCAGUCGAGAACUGAAACGGAUGGGGAUUGAACUGCUUUGCCUGUUCUUUCUAUUUCUAGGAAGGAAUGAUCACGUACAAGGUGGCUGUGCCGUGGGGGGUGCAGAGACCUGUGAGGACUGCUUACUCAUUGGACCUCAGUGUGCCUGGUGUUCUCAGGAGAAUUUUACCCACCUAUCUGGAGUUGGAGAAAGGUGUGACACCCCAGCAAAUCUUUUAGCUAAAGGAUGUCAACCAAUCUUCAUUGAAAACCCUGUCUCCCGAGUAGAAAUACUUACAAAUAAGCCUCUCAGCAUAGGGAGGCAGAAAAAUAGUUCCAACAUUGUUCAGAUUGCACCUCAAAACUUGGUUCUUAAAUUGAGACCAGGCAGAGAACAGACUCUGCAAGUUCAAGUUCGCCAGACCGAGGAUUACCCUGUGGACUUGUAUUACCUCAUGGACCUCUCGGCCUCCAUGGACGAUGACCUCAACACCAUCAAAGAGCUGGGCUCCCUGCUUUCCAAGGAGAUGUCUAAAUUAACUAGCAACUUUAGACUGGGCUUUGGCUCUUUUGUGGAGAAACCCAUCUCCCCUUUUAUGAAAACAACGCCAGAAGAAAUCGCCAACCCUUGCAGUAGUAUUCCAUACAUUUGUUUACCUACAUUCGGAUUCAAGCACAUUUUGCCGUUGACAAAUGAUGCUGAAAGAUUCAAUGAAAUUGUGAAGAAUCAGAAAAUUUCUGCCAAUAUUGACACCCCAGAAGGUGGAUUUGAUGCAAUCAUGCAAGCUGCUGUGUGUAAGGAAAAAAUUGGCUGGCGGAACGACUCCCUCCAUCUCCUGGUCUUUGUCAGUGAUGCCGAUUCUCAUUUUGGGAUGGACAGCAAACUGGCAGGCAUCGUCAUUCCAAACGAUGGGCUCUGUCACCUGGACAGCAAGAAUGAAUACUCCAUGUCCACGGUCUUGGAAUAUCCAACGAUUGGACAACUCAUUGAUAAACUGGUGCAGAAUAACGUGUUAUUGAUCUUUGCUGUAACCCAAGAACAAGUUCAUUUGUAUGAGAACUAUGCAAAACUCAUUCCUGGAGCUACAGUAGGGGUACUUCAGAAGGACUCCGGAAACAUUCUCCAGCUGAUCAUCUCAGCUUAUGAAGAACUGCGUUCCGAGGUGGAGCUGGAAGUGUUAGGAGACACAGAAGGACUCAACCUGUCAUUCACAGCCGUCUGUAACACCGGGACCCCCUUUCCACACCAAAAGAAAUGCUCUCACAUGAAGGUGGGAGACACAGCUUCGUUCAGCGUGACUGUGAGUGUACCAAACUGUGAGAGAAGGAGCAGGCACAUCAUCAUAAAGCCUGUGGGGCUGGGGGACGCCCUGGAAAUCCUUGUCAGUCCGGAAUGCAGCUGUGACUGUCAGAAGGAAGUGGAGGUGAACAGCUCCAAAUGCAGCAACGGAAACGGCUCCUUCCAGUGUGGGGUGUGCGCCUGCAACCCCGGCCACAUGGGUCCGCGCUGCGAGUGCGGGGAGGACACGCUGAGCACCGACUCCUGCAAGGAGGCCCCAGCACUCCCCUCGUGCAGCGGAAGAGGCGACUGCUACUGUGGGCAGUGCAUCUGCCACCUGUCCGCCUAUGGAAACAUCUAUGGGCCUUACUGCCAGUGUGACAAUUUCUCCUGCGUGAGACACAAAGGGCUGCUCUGCGGAGACCACGGCGACUGUGACUGUGGCGAGUGCGUGUGCAGGAGCGGCUGGACGGGCGAGUACUGUAACUGCACCACCAGCACGGACCCGUGCAUCUCCGAAGACGGGGCGCUCUGCAGCGGGCGAGGGGACUGUGUGUGCGGCAAGUGCGUCUGCACGAAUCCUGGAGCCUCGGGGCCCACCUGCGAACGCUGUCCCACCUGUGGAGAUCCCUGUAACUCUAAACGGAGCUGCAUUGAAUGCUACCUGUCUGCAGAUGGCCAGGCCCGAGAAGAAUGUGUUGACAAAUGCAGACUAGCUGGUGCGACCAUCAAUGAAGAAGAAGAUUUCUCAAAGGACAGUUCUGUUUCUUGUUCUCUGCAAGGAGAAAAUGAAUGUCUUAUUACAUUCCAAAUAACUACAGAUAACGAAGGGAAAACCAUCAUUCACAGCAUCAAUGAGAAAGACUGUCCAAAACCUCCAAAUAUUGCCAUGAUCGUGUUGGGGGUUUCGCUAGCUAUUCUUCUCAUUGGAGUCGUCUUACUGUGCAUUUGGAAGCUGCUGGUGUCAUUUCAUGAUCGGAAAGAAGUUGCCAAAUUUGAAGCAGAAAGGUCAAAGGCCAAGUGGCAAACGGGAACCAAUCCACUGUACAGAGGCUCCACCAGUACCUUUAAAAAUGUAACCUAUAAACACAGGGAAAAACAAAAGGUGGACCUUUCCACGGAUGGAUAGAACUGCUGUACGCCC